AUCGAAAACGAUACCUUAAGGUCCACAUGAGAGCUCACACUAGAGAAAAGCCUCAUGUUUGCUCUCAGUGUGGAAAGAGUUUUACACAUACAAGCAACCUGAUUUCCCACAUGAGAACUCACAGUGGAGAGAGCUUGUUCACCUGCCAACAGUGUGGAAAGAAUUUCACUCAAAAAGGAAACCUUGAAGUCCACAUGAGGAUUCACACUGGAGAGAGAGAUUUUAUCUGCCAUCACUGUGGAAAGAGUUGCACUCAAAAAGGAAACCUUGAAGUUCACAUCAGAAGUCACACGGGAGAAAAACCUUACAUUUGCUCACAGUGUGGUCAGAGUUUUACACAGAAAAACAACCUUACUUCCCACAUGAGAAUUCACAGAGGAGAAAAGCCUUAUAUUUGCUCACAGUGUGGACAGAGUUUUAUACAAAAAGCCCACCUUAAUUCCCACAUGAGAAUUCACAGUGGUGAGAGAUUGUUUACUUGCCAACAGUGUGGAAAGAAUUUCACUCAAAAACAAAACCUUAAAGUCCACAUGAGGAUUCACACUGGAGAGAGACGUUUCAUCUGUAAACAGUGUGGAAGGAGUUUCACCCAAAAAGGAAACCUUGAUGUCCACAUGAGAAUUCACACUGGAGAAAAGCCUUAUAUUUGCUCACAGUGUGGACAGAGUUUUGCACAUACAAGCCACCUUAAUUCCCACUUGAGAACUCACAGUGGAGAGAGCUAG